AACCCAUCAUGUCAACCUCAACCCAUCCCUCUGGCACAGUGGAUGACAUCGCCCGCAUGCAGUCAGAACUCCGAACUCUCCGAGAUACCGUCCAGCGCGUUCAAGAUCAUCUCAACGUCCAGGAAGACAUGUACAGAGCGAUCGGCCUGAAAUUCCACCGCCUGGUCCCCUUGAGCUCCCGUAUGGAUGAAGAGGACGGUUCCCCCAGCGCUAACUUCAUCAGUUCCGAAUUCUACUUCCCGGCUUACUGGAAGAAGAUGAUGGAGCUCACCACAGAAGCUUACAAGGCAACGUACUCGUCACCUGAGACUGAGAAGCUGCGUGCGGACUUGGAGACAGCAAGAAAGCGGGUGAACGAGGUAGGCCAGCGCUGCAAUGCGAUGUUUAGCCAGAUCCAGACCUUGCGCCAGAAUGUUGACAUUCUAGUCGGUGAGGUGGGCCUAGAGAACACUUGGUUCGCUCCUCUGGACUAUCAAGAAAUUUGGGACGUGUAUCUGGGACGACGGGGUACGCGGGUACAGCGCACUCAGAUGCUCGUAUUCAUGCAGUCAAAGCCAGAGUGGGCGGAGUUCGAAUCUUGGAUUAAGCUUGAUACUUUCCAUCAAUCGAAUAUCUCCCCAGUCCUCAAUUGGCCGUUCAUGUGUGAUUGUUUGCCUCUUUUCUACCCGACCUCAGCUUACGGCAACGGUGGGGAAGGCAAACGUGUGGCUUCACAGUCGGGAGUAAAACCACAAGAAACCAUGAACUCCGGACCUAAAUUGGGAAAGUGA